GGCAAAAAAAAUUCCCUAUCUUCUUAUCAUUCUCUUUUCAAUCUAUGUGAACAAUAAUCAAAUUCAAAUAUCAAUUGCAGACCCGAGAACCGAAAUUGUUGCUCGUAUAUGUGGAAAAGUUCAUGUCCAAAAUAUAUCAAAUUACUUCAAAUACUAUUCAAGAAUUACAGGUUACAUGCAAGAUGAAAUGUAUAGAAACAAGUUUGCUUUCAAAGAUGUAGGGAAGCCACCUGAUAGGCUUUACGUACUCUCUCAGUGCAUGGAUGAUCUUUCUUGUGACGAUUGUGCUGUUUGCUUUGAUCAGAUAAAUAACCUUAUCCCUGGUUGUUUUCCCAAUACCGGUGGCCGUGUUUUUCUUGAUGGUUGCUUCAUCAGGGCUGAGAAUUAUAGUUUCUAUCGUGAAGCUCUUGGCUCUCAAGACACUGCAUAGAGAUGCGGCACCGAUGUAAACAGCGGACCGGCAUUCAGAGAAGCUGUAGAGGAAGUGCUCGACGAAAUGCUUAAGAAGGCGCCAAUCACAGGUCCUGUUUGGCGAGGCUUUGCGAUAAAGCAUGCCACCGCACAUGGCGUGACAGCAUAUGGCAUGGCUAGUUGCUGGAAGAUUUUGGACCCAGAUUUGUGUCGCCUUUGCCUCUCGCAAGCAGUCGCUUACGCCUUGUCUUGUCUUCCUGCUACAGAGGCUCGCGUCCUUAACACUGGCUGCUUUCUCCGUUAUGCAGAUUUUUCAUUUGCUAAUGUAGCUACUGGUGAAACCAGAGAAGAAAUAAUUUCAUUCUUCUCAUAUAUGAUGGGUGUGGUUAUAGUCUGCCUAAUUGCGAUUGGUAUUGGGAUCUGGGUUGGCAAACGUACUUACCAAAGAAAGAAUGGUGUAAAAGUUUUGAAAGCGAUGGGGGAUGUUCUAUUAGAUGAGAGGCUGCAGUUCUUGCAGUUCAAGUAUGCAACGAUACAGAAAGCAACAGAAAAUUUUGAAGAAAUUCAUAAGCUUGGAGAAGGAGGAUACGGUGAAGUAUACAAGGGCACCCUACCAGAUGGAAGAGAAAUUGCAAUAAAACGUUUAUAUGCAAGUAGAAAGAGCAGAAUUGAUGAGAUUUGCAAUGAAAUGGACAUCAUUAGCAGAGCACAACACAAGAACUUGGUUCGCUUCCUUGGUUGCUGCUUCACUAAUAUGGAGAGCUUUCUUGUCUAUGAAUACCUAGCCAAUAAAAGCCUUGAUCUCAUGUUAUUUGAUCCAGCAAAGAAGAAAGAACUCAGUUGGGGAAAAAGGCUCCUAAUCAUGACAGGAGCAGCUGAAGGUUUGGAGUAUCUACACUCACAGUGUCAAAUUCGAAUUAUUCAUCGUGACAUUAAAGCUAGCAAUGUCUUGUUGGACUUGAAAUUUAAACCAAAAAUUUCAGAUUUUGGAUUAGCAAGAUUUUAUUCUUGUGACCGUUCCUUAUUCAAAACAACCAUAGCUGGAACACUAGGGUAUAUGGCUCCAGAAUACAUCGCCAAGGGACAAUUAACUGAGAAAGUUGAUGUUUAUAGCUUCGGAGUUCUUGUAAUCGAAAUAGUAACUGGAAUAGAAAACACCAAAUAUCAUUCUGAUGAUACAUACGAAACCCUAAUUGCUCAUGCAUGGAAGCACUUUCAAUUAAAUACAACACCAGAAAUCAUAGAUAAAAGUAUGGAGAUAGAAGAUGUUAAAGAAGUAGAAAGAGUUGUUCAAAUUGGUCUAUUAUGCACUCAAGAAUCACCCAAUUUACGACCAACAAUGACAAAGGUAGUUCAAAUGCUUAGAAAUGUGGAUAUUGAAUUGCCUAAGCCAUCAAACCCUCCUUUCAUUGAUGAACAUAUGGAAUUACAUAGUUUAGGUGAAGAAUAUUAUCAUAGACAUUCUUUUUCUGAUUAGUUAAUUAGUAAUUACUUAUAUCCCUUAAUUAUUAGCUUAAAGCAACAAAAUUUUCUUCCCUACUCACUGUUAAUUAAGCUUAUCUUUCUCACCCUAUUAAUAAUUCGGUAGCAUUCGAAUGUUUGUCUUA